UAAACAUUGCGACCGCUUAAAAUUUUUUUUAAUUUAAUUUUUAUUUUAAUUAAUUAAUAAAAAUAUUAGAAUUGAUUUUUUAAAAUAAGAUUAACUUGUUUAAAACUAAUUUUAAAGAACCUUUAAUAUUAAAAAAGGAAAAUGCAGACAAUACGAGAAUUUACGCGCAAAACAAAAAGGGGAAACAUCUUAAAAAUUGUGCGGGAACAUUAUUUGCGUACAGAUUUGGGUUGUGGUUCUGAUUUGUGUAAUGCCUGUCAACAGGAGGAAGCCGGUGUACAUUUACGCUCUGAUCGUAUGGUCCGUUCUACUCUAUUCAAUUUCCCGCAUUAUUUGGUAUUGGAUACCAAUGUUGUACUACAACAAAUGGACGCUUUAGAGGAGGAUGCUAUAAAAAAUGUUAUAGUAUUAUCCAUUGUUCUGAAUGAGGUGAAACAUCGUAGCACCACUGUGUACAAAAGAUUCCAUGAAGUGGUACAGCAUAAGCCACGUGGUUUCUUUGUGUUUGUGAAUGAGCAUCACAAAGACACUUAUGUGGAACGUCAACCAGGUGAAUCGGCGAAUGAUCGUAACGAUCGGGCAAUACGUUAUGCCACCAAAUGGUAUGAUUCUCACAUCUUGGAGGCCCAAGAUAAGAAAUCAUUUAAGAAGAAUGCUCAGAAGGGAGACAGAACUCGUGUAGUUUUAAUAACAGACGAUGCUGCCAAUAAGGAAAAAGCUGAAAAGGAAGGUAUUCUAGUGGCUACUGCUGAGGAAUAUAUUAAAUCUUUGGUGGAUUAUCCCAUGUUGAUUGAUAAAUUAGCUCGUAAGAGUUUUGAAAAUGAAAAGGAAUCACUGCCUUUGUUCCCCGUUCACCUUAGUCCAUCUGAAAUACUUGAGGGCAUAAGGAACAAUCGUCUUCUACAGGGUUCUUUCCAGGCAUCAAGAGAAAAUUUCCUUGAAGGUGCCGUUAGAGUAGAGAGUUAUGAAAAUCCGAUUUUAAUUCAAGGCCGCGAGGCUCUAAAUCGUGCUAUUGAUGGUGACAUUGUGGCCAUAGAACUGUUGCCCGAAUCCGAAUGGUCAGCACCCAGUGAAAUUGUUUUAGAGGAAUCUGAAGAAGUAGAUGCUGGCGAUGAGCCGGGAACAACACCUGAAGAUAUUCUAGCAGCUGCUGCAUUAGAAGCCACAACAACGGCCCAAAAAACUCCCACAGCAAAAGUUGUGGGUAUUAUUAGGCGCAAACGACGUCAAUACUGUGGCAUUCUACAGCCCAGUCAUAUGACUGAUGCAAUCAGACAUAUAUUUGUGCCAGCCGAUCGUAAAGCUCCUCGCAUACGCAUCGAAACCAGGCAAGCAGAAAAAUUACAAAAUCAAAGAAUAAUCGUUGCCAUAGAUACAUGGCCAAGAUCGUCACGCUAUCCUAAUGGUCACUUUGUUAGAUCUUUGGGUCCUCUGGGAGAUGUAGAAACCGAAAAUGAGGUUAUUUUGCUGGAACAUGAUGUGCCACAUAGUAAAUUUUCGGAAGAAGUUUUGAGUUUCCUGCCCCAAAUGCCUUGGGAAAUUACCAAAGAGGAUUAUGAGAAACGUGUGGAUCUAAGAGAUUUGUAUAUAUGUUCUGUUGAUCCUCCAGGCUGUACAGAUAUUGAUGAUGCUUUGCAUUGUCGUGAUUUGCCCAAUGGCAAUUUGGAAGUUGGUGUCCAUAUAGCCGACGUUAGUCAUUUCAUACGUCCCGGCAAUGCUUUGGACAAAGAGGCUGCCUCUCGUGGUACUACUGUUUAUUUGGUGGGUAAACGUAUUGAUAUGGUGCCCGAAUUGUUAAGUUCCAAUUUGUGUUCUUUGGUGGGUGGCCAAGAGAGAUUUGCUUUCUCUUGUAUAUGGGAAAUGGAUCAUAAGGCAAAUAUCAUAAAUAAACGUUUCCAUAAGAGUAUUAUCAAAUCGAAAUCGGCCAUGACCUAUGAGAUGGCUCAAAUUAUUAUUGACGAUGCUACGCAAAAUAAUGAAAUUGCCAAAUCAUUGCGUAAUUUGAAUCGUUUGGCAAAGAUUCUCAAGAAGAGACGUAUGGAUAAUGGUGCCCUAGUUUUAGCCUCACCUGAAAUUCGAUUCCAAGUCGAUAGUGAAACUCAUGAACCUUUGGAAGUGGAAGCCAAACAAUUGCGUGAUACCAACUCAAUGGUAGAGGAAUUCAUGUUGUUGGCCAACAUAACAGUAGCCGAACAUAUAGCAAACGAAUUCCCCGAAUGCGCCAUGUUAAGAAGACAUCCUAAACCUCCGACCAGUAACUUUGAUCCACUUAUUAAAGCGGCUCAAAAUCAAGGUUUCGAAAUAAAAACGGAAACUGGUUUAGAAUUGGCCAAAUCUUUGGAUGAAUGCGUUAAGCCCGAUAAUCCCUAUUUCAAUACAAUGAUACGUAUUCUCGCCACCAGAUGUAUGAUGCAGGCUUUGUAUUUCAUAAGUGGUACUUUGCAGAAGGAUCAAUUUGCUCAUUAUGGUUUAGCGGCUGAUAUUUAUACACAUUUUACCUCGCCCAUUAGAAGAUAUUCAGAUAUUAUAGUACAUCGUCUAUUGGCAGCUUCAAUAGGUGCCGAUAGCACAUAUGCUGAAUUGUUGGAUAAAAAAUCAAAUGAAGAACUUUGUCAAAACUUAAACUAUCGCAAUAAAAUGGCACAAUAUGCUGGUCGUGCUUCGGUGGGACUUAAUACGCAUCUAUUUUUCCGUGGCAAAGUUCAACACGAAGAGGGUUAUAUAUUAUUUGUGCGCAAAAAUGCUUUACAGGUGCUUAUACCUAAAUUCGGUUUAGAGGGCACUGUUUAUUUAAAUUCUUUAAAAGACGAUGCAAAAAAACUACCCGGAAAUGUUACAUUUACAUUUAAUGAAGAGGACUAUACACAACGUUGCGGUAAUGUAAUAUUCCAUGCAUUCGAUCCCGUCACUGUGCGUUUAAGUUUGGAUUCAACAAAUGUUCAGCAUGAAAAACUGGUCUUUGAAUUGGUCAAACCUUAUAUUAAAGGUUUUAGUGUAGAGCCUGAAGAAACCAAUGACACAGUUAAAGAAAAUAAUGACGUCGAGAUGUCAACGGCUCCUCCACAAAAGAAAAGCAAAAAAUCAAAACAAAAUAAAAAUAAAUAAAAUAAGAAUAUUUACUUAACAGAA